CGCACAUUUAAUUUCUCUCUGUCGUACUCCACAUACCCGCUAAGUCCACUUCUGAAAGGCACAGACCUCAGAAGAGCAGAAUAAGAAGCGAGGGGAGACAGAAAAGACUGCCGCUUGUGCAUGAAGACGCGACUAUCGGAGAUCCGGUGAAGGCUUAGCAUGGCACAGUAUGACAGAAUCUGAACUGAAACGGGGAACGGGUUUAGGAUGUCAAUAGGUAUAACGAAUGAGAAACGGUUGAGUUUGCUUAAGUAAAGGAUUGGGACGGACAUUCCUGGUGUGUGUGUGUGUGUGUGUGUGUGUGUGUGUGUUAGGGAAUGUGGUGGUGGAUGUCCUUUGGUGUGACGCGUUGCUGGAUGGGAUGAAAUCGCGUGACGGGGUGCCUAAUAUAGGCGCUUAACGUGAGACCACCGAUCUGAGCUCCCCAGGGCUGCGUUAAACCAGAUCUACAACCUUUCGCACCUGUGUUGAGGGGGAACUACAGAAAGUUUCAGGAUGGCUCUCGUCAUGGAACCUGUUAGCAAAUGGAGUCCCAGUCAAGUUGUGGACUGGAUGAAAGGUCUGGAUGACUGUCUGCAGCAGUAUAUAAAGAACUUUGAGCGAGAGAAGGUCGGAGGUGACCAGUUACUGAGGAUUACCCAUCAGGAGCUGGAGGAUCUGGGAGUGUCCCGCAUCGGACACCAGGAGCUGAUCCUGGAAGCUGUAGACCUGCUUUGCGCUCUGAAUUAUGGACUGGAGACUGAAAACCUGAAAACUCUCUCUCACAAGCUCAAUGCAUCUGCCAAGAACCUCCAGAACUUCAUCACAUGCCGCCGCCGCAGUGGUCAUUACGACGGCCGGACAACCCGCAAGCUGCCCAAUGAUUUCCUUACCUCUGUGGUGGACCUCAUCGCUGCUGCUAAAAGCCUCCUGGCCUGGCUCGAUAGGUGUUACUUUUUUUGCAGGUCACCAUUUGCUGCUGUGACGGACUAUUCCGAGACCCGGAACAACGUGAUCCAGCUGUGCUUGGAACUCACUACCAUAGUACAGCAGGACUGCACUGUCUAUGAAACAGAAAAUAAGAUCCUCCAUGUGUGUAAGACUUUGUCUGGAGUGUGUGACCACAUCAUCUCACUGUCGUCAGACCCCCUGGUCUCCCAGUCUGCACAUCUGGAGGUGGUUCAGCUGCCUAACAUUAAACCUACGGAGGGUCUGGGAAUGUACAUUAAAUCUACAUAUGAUGGACUUCAUGUAAUCACAGGAACCACAGAGGGGUCACCUGCAGACCGCUGUAAAAAGAUCCACGCAGGGGAUGAGGUCAUCCAGGUGAACCAUCAGACUGUGGUGGGCUGGCAGUUGAAAAACUUGGUAAGCUCUCUGCGUGGGGACCCAGCCGGUGUGACAUUGACCCUGAAAAAGCGUCCCCAAAGCACGCUCACCUCCGCCCCAGCCCUACUAAAGAACAUGAGAUGGAAGCCCCUAGCCCUGCAGCAGCCUGUUGUUCCCAGAAGUCCCACCAGCAGCUCGGCUACACCUACUAGUACAAUCAGCACACCUUCAAAGCAUGAAAUCUCCGCCCUCCAAGACCUAUACAUCCCACCCCCUCCAUCGGAGCCAUACACGCCCAGAGAUGAAAAGGGGAGUAUCCUGGGUGAGGGUGGGGUGCCAGUGGCAAAAGGGUCAGAAUCACCAAACUCAUACCUGGAUCAAGAGUACCGACGCCGGUUUCCUCUAAUGGAAGAGGAGUCCAUCCUGUACUGCUACGAAUAUGACCACAAUCAUGUCCCUACAUCAUCCCGUCGAGACAGCACACCCACUUACGGUCGUCUAAGGCCCAUCUCUAUGCCUGUAGAGUAUAACUGGGUUCCUGACUAUGAAGAUCCAGGUAGACUGAAGCGAGAAGGACGGAGAGAAAACUCUCUGUUGCGGUACAUAAGUGAGGAGAAGGCUGCAGAUAUGGCAGCUCGGAGCAUGAAGAGAGACACUGGGAAACGAGGCAAGAAAAAGAGUGAAAAGAGUGGAAGCCCCACCCACUACGCUCUCCUCCCCACCCUCCAAAUGGAGGUACUCCGUCAAGAAUCCAUGAACACACCAAAUCCAGACUCCAGCUCUCUUUACCAUACAUUUCAGGGAUCCUCUCUGCUGUCCAAGACCAAAAAAAAGAAUAAAGCAGCCCAACUCUCCUCCAUCAGUAAGAGAAGGAUCUCCUGUAAGGACUUGGGCCGUGGAGAAUGUGAGGGCUGGCUGUGGAAGAAGAAGGACGCAAAGAGCUAUUUCUCCCAGAAAUGGAAGAAGUACUGGUUUGUUCUAAAGGAUGCCUGCUUAUACUGGUACAUGAACGAGGAGGAUGAAAAGGCUGAAGGAUUUGUUAGCCUUCCAGAGUUCAAGAUUGACAGAGCUAGUGAAUGUCGCAAAAAGUAUGCAUUUAAAGCAUGCCAUCCCAAAAUCAAGAGCUUCUACUUCGCUGCGGACAGUGUGGACGAUAUGAACAGAUGGUUAAGUCGCCUCAACAUGGCGGCCGCCGGCUACACAGAAAGAGAGAGGAUCCGUCAGGAACAGGCAGAUUACUGGAGUGAGAGUGAUCAUGAAGACAAUGAGACGCCCUCUACACCCAAGCAGGACAGCCCCCCACCCCCUUAUGACACAUAUCCACGGCCACCAUUAAACCAAGUAAGUUGUGCCAGUCCUUACCUGGAACCGAAGCACAGCCGUCUCUCCUCCACUGAAACCUCACAGUCUCGGUCCUCUCACGAGGAGUACCGCUCCGAACCACAAGGGGGCAGCAGCAGUGGAGGGGGUUCUCCUGCUCGGAAGUCCGCAAGCCAGCGGCGCUCAUGGCAGGACCUGAUUGAGACUCCCCUGACCAGUUCAGGCCUCCACUACCUACAAACCCUGCCCCUAGAGGACGCCGUGUUUUGCGAGCCGGGGGUAGGUCUGUCUCCGGAAUACCUUCGCCAGUCAACUCUGCCUGCUCAGCGUACACUGAUGCAGGACCAUUAUGGUCCCUUCCCCAUGGUUGAAGGGGAGAGGUACAGAGACUCUGCUACCGUGGUCGGGAAACCCCGCAGCUUCACGCUGCCACGGGACAGCGGCCUGCAUGUCCUCCUCACGCCCUCAGCUAGCAUGGCAGAACAGCGGGACCCCAGUCGCAGGGAACUCAGCCGUAGUCACUGCAUUAACAAUGGCGGGGAGCAGGAGUGCCACGGACAGGCAGAUUCUCUUGGUGAUUUGUACCGGGCGCUGGAGCGUGCCAGCCUGUCACCCAUUGGUGAGCACCGCCUUUCCACCCGUCUGGAGUACAAACACCUUUUCAUCCGGCGUUGCAACGAUCCGCAGCUAAAUGACAAACUGCAUCAUCUCCGCAUCCUGCAGAGCACGCUCAAGGACAGGGAGGGCGAGGUAGCACUGAUUGACAAGCUGCUGGCCAAUCCUAAGCUCACAUCCUCAGAGUUCCAGGAAUGGAAGAAAGUUUACAUGGAGCUGUUUUCAGGGGAGCCCCAGCGGGACCAUCAGCCCAGCCCCGUCUCUGAGCCCAGUCCUGCUGCCACACCAGAACCGGCCCCUCGCACACCCUCCCUCUCACACACACACUCCUACAUCGAGACUCAUGUCUGACAUACACAAAUGC